CAACAGACACUAAAGAUGGUUUCCGUACUGGAUCAGCUUAUAACUUGUAUAGUGCCUUUAGUUGUGAUAUUGUUCAUAAUGUCUGCCACAGAAAUCUCGGUAGACGGAAUGGCCCUGGAUUCUGGGACAGAUCAGUUCAUCUCAGGAUCUAGGUUAGGAGUAUACAGCAAAGCUGCGGUCUCGACCGAUGCUGCCCAGUGCGCGAAGAUUGGAAAAGAUGCGUUGCAGAAAAAUGGAUCCACAAUUGAUGCAGCUGUUGCAACUCUUAUUUGCAUGAGUGUAGUGAUUCCUGAAAGUAUGGGUCUUGGAGGAGGAUUUUUUAUGACACUUUAUAUCAGAGAUGAGAAAACAGCAAAAGUACUAGAUGCACGUGAAGUGGCGCCACUUAAGGCUUCAAAAUACAUGUUUAAUGGACAGAAAAAUUUGUCUCGAGUUGGUGGAUUAUCAAUAGCAGUUCCUGGACAGUUGAGUGGGUACCGGGAAGUCUGGAGGAAGUAUGGAAAACUAGCCUGGUCAGAACUUUUCACCCCUUCCAUUAAACUUUGUGAAAAUGGAUUUCCAGUUGGGAAACAUUUCGCACAUUCACUUGCUUCGAAGAAAGAAAUUGUUCGAACCGAGCCAAGCCUAAGAAUGCUGUUUUGGAAUACAAAUACUGACGACGUGUACAAGGAGAAUGAAAUAUUUCGUAAUCCUAUAAUGGCGGAAACUUUGAGGAAUCUUUCUAAUGAAAAUCCCAAUGCAAUAACUUAUGGACAAUUCGAGAAAAAUCUUGUAGAAGACAUUCAAAGUUUUGGCGGGAUCAUCACCGAACAAGACUUUUUAGCCUACUCACCCAUGUGGAGUGAACCAGUCCAGAUGAGUUUCCAUGCCAACCUAACAAUGUACAGUAUGCCUCCUCCUGGUAGUGGAGCUCUGCUUGGGUUUGUCCUGAACGUUCUUGACGAAUACCAUUUGAACGAGACAAGCUUUUCAACAGUUACUCAGAAGAUACAAAACUACCACCGUGUAAUCGAAGCCUUCAAAUUUGCUUUCGCAAAACGCAUGGAGCUCGAGGACCCAGGAGAACCAAAUACUCCACGUCACAACCGAAUCAAAGAGCUAGUUAAUAAAUUAACAUCAAAAGAAUUUGCUGAAGAAAUACUACAGAAGAUUGAUGAUGACCAAACGUUCGAACCGUCUUACUAUGGAGUAGAAACAUUUCUCUCGGAAGAUGAAGGGACCUCGCAUGUUUCAAUUGUUGCACCUAACGGUGACGCUGUGGCAGUUACAAGCACUAUCAACACGUAUUUUGGAAGCAAGAGGGCGUCUCCUUCAACGGGUGUCGUUUUCAACAAUGAAAUGGACGACUUCAGCUCUCCAGGUAUAUCUAAUAAAUAUGGCAUCCCACCUUCGAAGUUCAACACCAUUUCUCCCGGGAAACGGCCACUGUCCUCAAUGUCCCCGACAAUUAUUGUUGACAACAAAGGAGACGUCAAACUUGUCAUAGGUGGCGCUGGAGGUACCAUGAUACCUACUGGAAUUUUAUGGGUGAUCAUAAAUACUUUAUGGGCUGGGAAAAACAUCAAAGAAGCAAUUGACUAUCCACGUGUCCAUCAUCAACUUCUGCCAAAUGUCCUGAUGUCCGAACCGAAUUUCUCUGAGGAAAUAUUGUACGGUUUAAAGAAGUUUGGCCACAAGUUACAAGGGUUUCCGGCUGGUUACAAAUCAAACAUCAUGGCAAUCACUCGUGGUGCUGACGGCAACCUUUACAGCAAUUCAGACUAUAGAAAAAAGGGGGAUACAGAUGGUUUUUAGGAAGUUUUCGAUCAUCUUUUCUAUAUCAGUUAAAAAUAUUAUUUGUUUUUUGGAAACUUAAAUAAUAAUAGUGUGAAAUGCAGUGGUUAUUUAA